AUGAGUCAAUCAAAUAAAAAAAUUACCAAAGCCAAAAUAGAAGGCAUAAAGAAAGAUGACCUGGAUGUAUUUAAGAGUUCCUUAAUACCCUUUAAUGCCACAGUAGAAAAAUACAGUGAAAAUGAUGAAUCAGCCACAGUAUUAUUCAAGGGGGGCAUAGAAAAAAAGCAUCUCGAUGGAAUUGGGAGCUAUACAAUUAAGCCCAUGGAAUACGAAGGAGAUUCUAGCGAUCAGAAUCUGAGAAAACGAAACGCAAAUAUAAUUUGUGAUCGAAUAGUAGUAGACGAGCAUGACAUCAUUAAAUUUUUUUUGAACACCAAGCUAAUCGCUCCCGUGAUAUUUGUCCUUUUGAGUCUGCUGAUAUUUUUUUCCAUUUUUUGA